GUCUCCAAGAUCAUCAAGCACGCAGCAGCAUCAAAUGGCUUCGAACCGAAUCGCUACUCAACACACUCCGUUCGCAUCGGAGGGGCUACGGCAUUACUUAACGCUGGCGCUGAUCGCCUCAUCAUCAAGCUCAUGGGGCGUUGGCUAUCCAAUGCCUUUGAAGACUACCCGGUGUUAUCGGCGAAUGGCACAGUGGAUCUCGCUCGGCAAAUGUGCGAGUACCCGCCAUGCAGCCGGUAA